AUGGACGCGCGCGGGGGCGGCGGGCGGCCCGGGGAGAGCCCGGGCGCGACCCCCGCGCCGGGGCCGCCGCCGCCGCCGCCGCCGCCGCCACCGCCGCCGCCGCCGCCGCCCGCGCCCCCCCAGCAGCAGCAGCCGCCGCCGCCGCCACCCCCCGCGCCCCCUCCGGGCCCCGGGCCCGCGCCCCUCCAGCAGCCGCCGCCGGCCCGGCCCGAGGCGGCCCCGGAGGCGGCGGACGAGGGCGGCCCGCGCGCCCGGCUCCGCAGCCGCGACAGCUCGUGCGGCCGCCCGGGCACCCCGGGCGCGGCCAGCACGGCCAAGGGCAGCCCUAACGGCGAAUGCGGGCGCGGCGAGCCGCAGUGCAGCCCCGCGGGGCCCGAGGGCCCGGCGCGGGGCCCCAAGGUGUCGUUCUCGUGCCGCGGGGCGGCCGCGGGGCCCACGCCGAGCCCGGGCGCGGGGCCGGGGCCGGCGGACGAGGCGGCCAGCGAGGAGGCGGGCCCGGCGGGGGAGCCGCGCGGCAGCCAGGCCAGCUUCAUGCAGCGCCAGUUCGGGGCGCUCCUGCAGCCCGGCGUCAACAAGUUCUCGCUGCGGAUGUUCGGCAGCCAGAAGGCCGUGGAGCGCGAGCAGGAGCGCGUCAAGUCGGCGGGGGCCUGGAUCAUCCACCCGUACAGCGACUUCAGGUUUUACUGGGAUUUCACCAUGCUGCUGUUCAUGGUGGGGAACCUCAUCAUCAUCCCGGUGGGCAUCACCUUCUUCAAGGAUGAGACCACGGCCCCGUGGAUCGUGUUCAACGUGGUCUCGGACACGUUCUUCCUCAUGGACCUGGUGCUCAACUUCCGCACGGGCAUCGUCAUCGAGGACAACACAGAGAUCAUCCUGGACCCUGAGAAGAUCAAGAAGAAGUACCUGCGCACGUGGUUCGUGGUGGACUUCGUGUCCUCCAUCCCGGUGGACUACAUCUUCCUCAUCGUGGAGAAGGGCAUCGACUCGGAGGUGUACAAGACGGCGCGCGCGCUGCGCAUCGUGCGCUUCACCAAGAUCCUCAGCCUGCUGCGGCUGCUGCGGCUGUCUCGGCUCAUCCGCUACAUCCACCAGUGGGAGGAGAUCUUUCAUAUGACCUACGACCUGGCAAGCGCCGUCAUGCGCAUUUGCAACCUCAUAAGCAUGAUGCUGCUCCUGUGCCACUGGGAUGGCUGCCUGCAGUUCCUGGUGCCCAUGCUGCAGGACUUCCCACGCAACUGCUGGGUGUCCAUCAACGGCAUGGUGAACCACUCCUGGGGCGAGCUCUACUCCUUCGCGCUCUUCAAGGCCAUGAGCCACAUGCUGUGCAUCGGCUACGGGCGGCAGGCGCCCGAGAGCAUGACGGACAUCUGGCUCACCAUGCUCAGCAUGAUCGUGGGCGCCACCUGCUACGCCAUGUUCAUCGGCCACGCCACUGCGCUCAUCCAGUCCCUCGACUCCUCCCGGCGCCAGUAUCAGGAGAAGUACAAGCAAGUGGAGCAGUACAUGUCCUUCCACAAGCUGCCCGCGGACUUCCGCCAGAAGAUCCACGACUACUACGAGCAUCGCUACCAGGGCAAGAUGUUCGAUGAGGACAGUAUCCUGGGCGAGCUCAACGGGCCUCUGCGGGAGGAGAUCGUGAACUUCAACUGCCGGAAGCUGGUGGCCUCCAUGCCCCUGUUCGCCAACGCCGACCCCAACUUCGUCACGGCCAUGCUAACCAAGCUCAAGUUCGAGGUGUUCCAGCCGGGCGACUACAUCAUCCGUGAGGGCACCAUCGGCAAGAAGAUGUACUUCAUCCAGCACGGCGUGGUCAGCGUCCUCACCAAGGGCAGCAAGGAGAUGAAACUGUCUGACGGCUCCUACUUCGGAGAGAUCUGCCUGCUGACGCGGGGCCGCCGCACGGCCAGUGUGCGGGCCGACACCUACUGCCGCCUCUAUUCACUGAGCGUGGACAACUUCAACGAGGUGCUGGAGGAGUACCCCAUGAUGCGGAGGGCCUUCGAGACCGUGGCCAUCGACCGCCUGGACCGCAUCGGCAAGAAGAACUCGAUUCUGCUGCACAAGGUCCAGCACGACCUCAACUCGGGCGUGUUCAACAACCAGGAGAACGCCAUCAUCCAGGAGAUCGUCAAGUACGACCGCGAGAUGGUGCAGCAGGCCGAGCUGGGCCAGCGCGUGGGACUUUUCCCGCCGCCGCCGCCGCCGCAGGUCACCUCGGCCAUCGCCACGCUGCAGCAGGCCGUGGCCAUGAGCUUCUGCCCGCAGGUGGCGCGGCCCCUCGUCGGGCCGCUGGCGCUGGGCUCUCCGCGCCUCCUGCGCCGCCCGCCGCUGGGCGCCGCCACUGCCGCCUCGCCGGGGCCGCCCGCCGCCAGCCCCCCGGGCGCCCCGGUCAGCCCCAGAGCCCCGCGGACCUCGCCCUACGGCGGCGGCGGCGUGCCCGGUGUGCCCGGCUCGCCCGCCGGGCCCCGCGCCGGCCCCGCGCUGCCCGCGCGCCGCCUGAGCCGCGCGUCGCGCCCGCUGUCCGCCUCGCAGCCGUCGCUGCCCCACGGCGCGCCCGGGCCCGGCCCCGCGGCCACAGCGCGCCCGGCCAGCAGCUCCACGCCGCGCCUGGGCCCCGCGCCCCCCGCGGCCCCCCGCACCGCCGCCCCCAGCCCGGACCGCAGGGACUCGGCCUCGCCCGGUGCUGCUGCUGCCAGCGGGGGCGGCGGCGGCCUCGACCCACUGGACUCUGCGCGCUCGCGCCUCUCGUCCAACUUGUGACCCUCGCCGCGCCGCCCCCGGGGUGCGGGGAGAGGACCCGGGCAGGGGGAUGGGGGGCGUCGCCCAGACCAAAGCCAUGCCACUGCGCUGCCCGGCCGCCCGCCGCCCGCCGCCCGCCCCAGAAGCCAUAGAGGAGCCGUAGGUAGUUGUAGACGGACGGGCGGGCCCGGGCGGCGGGCAGCCCCCUCCGCGCCCCGCCGAUCUCCCUCAUCGCCCCCCGCGCCCACCCACAUCGCCCCUCCCCGGCGGCGGCCUCGUGCGCGCGUGGACCCGUGCGAGGGGCUUCCCUUCACCUCGGUGCCUGAGUUUCCCCCCCAAACGUCAAACGGGGGGGAUGGGCCGGCCCGAGAGGCGGUGGCCGCGGUGGCCGCCGUGCGUCCCGUCCGAGGAGGACCUGGUCAGUGCAAUACUUGGCCCGCCGGCUUCCGCUGCCCCCCACGCUCACGCAAUAACCGGCCCGGCCCCUGCCCCAGCGCGUCCGUCCGCGGUGACCUCCUCAGAGCGGGCGCCCCGGCUCUUACCCCCCCCCUCCCCGCGCCUCCACCCACAGCCAGGGGCACGGGGGCAAGGCCGGGGUCCCCGCCGUCGAGAUGAAUGUACUGACGAGCUGAGGCAGCAGUCCCUUCCCCACCGCGCCACCCCCCCCAGGCCCCACUAACCCCUACACCCCCCAUUCCGCGCAAUAAACGACAGCAUUGGCGCCCA